AUGCAUCUCGCCUGGAUCCUCACUGCCCUUACUGCACUGACCUUUGCAGAUGCAGCAAUUCCAUCUCCCAGACAAACAUGCAUCAUCCCAGCCUCGGGCACAAACAAAACCGACGACGCCCCGGCCAUCAUCUCCGCAUUCAAGCGGUGCGGCCGCGGGGGGAAAGUCGUCUUCCAGCCAACAACAUACUACGUCAACUCCGCGAUGAACAUUUCCUGGCUUCAUGAUGUCGAUGUUGACAUCCAAGGGAGACUGCUGUGGAGCACCAACAUCCCCUACUGGCUAAACCACUCCCUGCCCGUCGGAUACCAGAACCAGUCGACUGCGUGGAUCCUGGGUGGUGAUAGGGUACGGGUAAAUGGGCAUGGUGUUGGCACGCUCGAUGGGAACGGCGACUACUGGUACGAGUGGAUACAGGAGCAGGAGAAUACGUCGAAUUACCCAGGAAGGCCGCAUGCGUUGACGCUUAGCGGGCUGACGAACUCGGUUGUCAAGGGUGUUAACUUUUUGCGCAGUCAGAUGUGGACGCUGUCGAUUAUAUACUCCCACCAUGUUGAAUUUGACGGGAUCUUUGUGAACAACACGGGGAAUCGGGUGGAUAGCUCAAACACGGAUGGCGCGGAUACAAUUCGAUCGUCGCAUAUCAGCUUCAACAACUUGACUGUAUACAACGGAGACGACAGCAUUUCAUUCAAAGCGAAUAGCACCGAUAUCACGCUAAAGAACUCGCACUUCCACAACGGCCUGGGCAUCGCAAUAGGCAGCAUUGGCCAGCUCAAGGACGAGUUCGAGACGGUUGAGAGGAUCAAGGUUGAGAAUGUUGUUUUCGAUAACACACUCCACGCGGUAUACUUCAAAACCUGGACCGACGACCAAAACGGAUACCCGCCCAACGGCGGCGGGGGCGGACUGGGCUAUGCCUCAAACAUGCACUUUAACAACCUAACGACAACCUCCCUCCGCGGCUCUGCAGUCGCAAUCUCCCAGUGCACCCGCUUCAUCGGCGCCCCCGGCGACGGGAACUGCACCAACUCGCAGUUCCAGAUCAGGGACAUUACCGUCGCGAAUCUUCACGGGACGACGGAGUCCUCGCGCGUCGCUAGCCUGCAGUGUAGUGCGGUUGCGCCGUGCACGAAUCUCGGCCUGGUUGGGGUGGAUUUGGAGCUGGGGAAUGGGACGAAGGCGGAGGAGUAUCUCUGUGGGAAUGUAAAGAGGCCUAGGGGGUUUGAAUGUACUGGGGAGGUUUGUGAGGGAGGGAGUUCUACGGGGGAGUGUUAG